AUGUUCAAGGGUCGCAACUCCCGCUCCAGGUCCCGGGAUCGGAACAAGAAGCCGCCGGAGAAAGAAUUCGACCUCUCCGUGAGAACUCUCCGCCCCUUUCUCGAUCCAAGAACGUACUUCAGAAUGUGUGCAACCACGGCGAGGCUCUGAUGCACGCAGCUCGGUUCGGGCUCAUCGAACUCAUGUUCAAAGUCUUUUUCUUAGUCUUUUCUAGUGUGCAGUUAUGGAUUUCGUUCAGAUUUUUCUGAACCAUGUCGACUUGUUCACCCUCGACGACGCUGGCAACAAUGCCCUGCACGUCGCCGCCAUGGUUUGAGAGAACCCCAUCAAAAGAGAAAGAGGAAAAAGCUGUUCAGAACUGCCAACAGGUCAUGUGUCGGAUGAUCGUGGUGCUCUGUGCGCCAAGAAAAGUUUGGAUGAUGAAAAACAAGUCUGGCCUCACGCCGAUUGAAGUUUGUCCCGACCCGAAGUGGGUUUUAUCUUUUUUUUUUUGCUCCGAAAGCCAUUUUUACUGGUAAUGUUUCAUUGAUAAUCUCGUAAUAAUUUUCGAUUCCAUCAGAAUACAACACGAUCUGAUGCACCUGGUGAACGUGCCAGAACGGUUGCAAGACGCCAAUUCUCGACACAACACGAUGGUCGCCAAAGAGAAGACGUGGCACGAAGAGGAUCGAGUGCUUCUGGCUCUCGACGGCGGCGGAAUCCGCGCCAGCAUCACCAUCCAGGUCGCUCUUCCGAAGGACUCAACGACGACGACCUUCUUUGCAGUUGCUGCUGCAUCUGAACGACGAGAUGGGCGGCUGUCUGAUGGACAAGGUCGACGAGAUCGCAGGCACGAGUUGCGGCGGCGUUAUCGCGUUGCUUCUUACCACCAACAGUUUGAGCUCUCCUUCAAUCAGUGUCUUCCACACGCCUUGUUUCCAGAUAGAUCUAUAGAAGAUUGUCGAAAAUUCAUCAUUGAAAUGAAAGACCGAGUUUUCUGCAAAAAUACGGCAAGCUUCUUCUAAUCGCCCCAACAAUCACCGAUUUUUCAGGCCAAGUGGCCCAAACACAAUUCGAGCGGUAUUCAGUACAUCGCUCGGCAUAUGACAUCUUGGGAAGACUCGCCCAUGUCAAAAAUCACUUCACAUAGGUGUAUCAUAAGAAAUUCAAUCAAUAAAUAGAUAAUUUUAAGGGUGAUGGUGACGGUUGCUGAUUCGCGUACUGUGCCACCGAAACUAUUACUUUUCCGAUCUUUCGCGCCAAAUAUUCCAGAGAAGGUUUUCGAAAUGGUCCGAGUAUACAGUUUCGAGUUGCUUUCAGGCCAUGGAAGAACAUAAUUUUUUCAAUCCGAACAAAGUCGAGCUCUGGAAAGCUCUUCGGUGCACGACGUGAGUCUGAAAACAACAUGAAAACCACACGAAUAAUAGACUUUUUCAAAAUGUCUUACCAUCUCUCAAUUUCGUUUCAUUUAUCAUGAAUUAACAAUCCAUAACAGCUCUGAAAUGUAAAAAAAAUGUACAAAAACCUUUCUUCCUUUUGAUACAAAGUCAUGUAAUUUUUUUUUCUGAAAAGAUACGCAAUAAAUAUCGUUUGUUCCAGUGCCGCUCCCUACUUUUUCGAGUCGUUCAACGGCCUUUCCGACGGCGGACUCAUCGCCAACAAUCCGACCUUGGCCCUUAUGUCCGACUUCAUGCUCACCAACAAGCUGGAGAAGGACUACGCCGUAUCCUCAAUUCUGAAGGAAGAUCUAGAAAGAAUAUUUAUUUCAGGAAACUGAAAAGGAGAAAAAGAGCCGCGGCAACACACGAAUGGGUUGCGUCGUCUCACUGGGUACCGGAAUCUUCCCUAUCGAGAAAAUCGACGGAAUCGACGUCAAUUUGAACUAUGGAGUGAGUUCUGCUUCUGAAGAAAGUUAGAGAUGAGGAAAAUGAGGUUAUGGAUCCACGUAACCGUUGAGAACAACUAUGGAUCUUGGAAUUUUUUUAAAUUUUCCAUGAUCUUUGGCCAAGCUCUCAGAGGCGCCAAAAUUGAGUGCCAAUUGAAAAAAAACUCAAAAAUUCAGGAAUUUCGACGCGAUCGAUUUUUAUAAAAAUAAUGAAAAUAUCUCAAUUCUCAAAAAAGGAGCCAAUAGGAGAUGCCAGCAAAAAAUCCCCUGUUAGAAAUUUUCAUCAUGUUACAUGAAACCUUACGCUUUGAAUUUUGGCACAAAAAAGAAGUUCUUUCAGAAAAAUCCCUUCCACAUGGCCAAGUCCUUCUACCGAGCCAUAGCAAACACGAAGAACAUGUUCAACAUGCUGGUCAAGGAGGUUCCUUUCCACGUUUUCGUCUUCUGGUUCAUGGAAAGAUUUAGUGCACGGCCUCGAACGGCCAACCGGUGAAGUACGCCCGCGAGUGGUGCCACUCACUGAAUGUGCCGUACUACCGGCAAGGAAAAUCUGAAACGUUCAGUUUCUCAACUUUUUUGUAGAUUUUCCCCUCAGCUAACGCAGGGAAUCGCGUUGGAUGAUACUGACCUCCACAAGAUCCUGCAAGUUUUGUGGGAAACGGAGGUAAGCCUAGUUCAUUUUUGUUUCAAGUUUUCUGUUCUCAGAUUUACGUCGCCACUAUCCAUGACGAGUUGUACGAGCUCGCCCAGUUCCUCCUCCGCAAACCUUCCAAAGUCACGACGGUACCACGAUUCCGGAUAUCUUCCCGAAAUCCGUACUCAGGCGAACGAUAACUCGAUAAAAAUGCCGCCGGUCAAAACCGAAGAGGCGACACCGAUUUUGGCGACUCCAGAAAGUGCUGCACUCGAGCAGGAAUCGUCCUCGAGCGAUGAUGACGAAUCUUCCAAAAUGUCCAACAGAGAGUGA